AUGGCGGUGCGUUCAAUUGGCUCCGCUCCCUCGCGUCUGCUGAAGGGGGCAAGUCCUGGGAGCACUGGGCAAGAACGGCCACGGCCCCUCAAAUCUGGUUCAUCUCACAACGCAAAGCAGCCAAUUGCUCUCAACUCUGGCGCGCAGACAUGGCUUUUUCAAGAGCCCGUGCUGUCUGAGCCCUGGCAGGUAUGGUUGUACGUACAUACAUUGUACGACGCUGCGAAAACCCCCGACUGGGCGACGGAAGGACAUCCGCAGCAACGGCGCCAUUUUCGGCCUUUGCUUGCUCUCCAAGGCGCGCGAGCGGCCGCAUUCCUGCCACCCGCAUCUGCGGCCGCAAGCCAACCGCCGACGUGCCCGCCCUGGACCCAGCAGCCCAGCAGGGGUCUGGUCCGCACGCCCGCUCAACUCAAUCUUGUGUUGUUUACUUAG